AUGCAAUCGUCAGGUCCUUCAUUGAGCUCAGUCACGUCGGCAGCGAGCUCAUCGACGUAUGCUCACCCGAACAAUACAUCAAAUUCUUCAAAUGCUUUAGUCGCGCCAAGCCUUGUCUCCUCAGAUAGCGUUCGUCUCGUUCACCAAGGGCCAGACCCGAAUUCGCCAGAUACUUUCAAGGAGAAUCUGCAUCUCAUACGGGAUCAUCUUGAAAGGGUCAGGAGGCUCGCGAGAACUGUUCUACACAACUCACGGGAGGCAUACAAACCCGGAAUCUUUCCGUACCAAGCUGAAGCCGAUCUGGAAACGCUGAAGCAAUCCCUCCAAUUCCUAUCAGACAUCCUACGCCAAUCAGGCGUCGGCGCGCUCCCCUUGCUGCCUUCGUCGCAAUCGGGGCAUCAUGGAGUGGAUGUAGCGGUUCCUAGUGAAGCCCAACUAAUUGUUGAUACCACGAAUGCGGUGACUGCGUUGUACGAUCGGUUGAAACGCAAACAGGACGGAUCGGCGGUUGUGGCGGGAUUGUUGACGGCGCCCGAACAUGGACAGAGAGCUGGACUCGGACAUGAUAUCCCGCGCUAG